AUGGUCGGUUAUAAUGAGACCUGUAUUGAGGACCGACAGUGUCAGGCAUUGGACACUAAUUCCCAUUGCUUGCCAUCGGAUGAGAUGAGCAAAAGGGCAAGAAAUAGCACACAUUUGAUGGAAUUUAAAUAUCCGCACAGUUUGUCGCCGAAAGUGAUUGUUUCGAAAUAUUUCAAUACUAAUGAUUCCGAGGAUGAGAUUUAUCUCAAGCCGAAAGAGUAUAUCAAAAAGUGGUAGUUUUUAUUGCCAUUUAUUUUAUAUACAAAAACUCAUUUGCUUUUGCUUUUUGUGUGCAAUUAAGUUAGAAAUUAGUAAUCAAGUUAUGUUUUAUUCAGUGAUUUAUUUUUAUUAUAAUCUUUAUUUAAUUUUAUACACUAUACGGC